GUCAGCUGUUAUUUGUUUGCACUAAGCAAUAAAUGGAUGACAUGGUGGUAGUGUUAAGUGUAACCUUUGGAUAAUGUGAUAAUUAUUCUAUUGGCUGUAAUUAGUGUUUGGCAUAACUUUAAUAUAUCCAACAAGUGUACCUACAAUAAGAUAUCUUCAUUAUGGAGAACUCUGAUUUCAAAAAUCUUGUUAAUCUGAUUUUGAAAGAUAAGGCUGUUCAAUAUGUGUCUAUUAUUCUUGUAAUCAAAGUUCUUGCGUUUUCAUUAAGCCUUGGAUUGACUACUGGUUUCAUUCUUGUGGCUGCUUUCUUUGUCGGAUUUUUUGCCUUCCAGUCACUUUUUAAACAACGCCAUGAGAUGGACAACUUACUGGGUCUGCUGAUGGGUAUGGACAGGGAAACCGGAACAGCUAAUAACAUGCGCAUGCCUUGCAGUGUGUGCGGUGAUGGCACUUGUGACAGAGAGAGGGUUGUACACAACAAAAAGCCGUGGACUGGUCUGAUGGUGCCUAAAGAUGUGGACAAUGCUGUCUCAGAUUUAUUACAAAAGACACUGGAUGAGUUUGUAACAUCAUGGUUAAAAGAAAUAACUUCUGACAACAGUUUCCAGCAAGAAUUGAAGCAGCUUGUGCGCCAUGCAGCUAGUGUGGUCCUGUCUCGCGCAUUGAAAGUGGACAUAGCCAAACUGCUGACCACAAAAGGGUUGCGGGUGUUAGUACGACACAUGGCAGCAAUGCAACAAGUGACCGCAGGACGACAGCUGCAGAUACACCCUGCAGUUACUAGCCGAGAGGCGGAAUUGGACUACUUGCGAGGAUUGACCACUCAACUGCUGCCCCUCCUACUGACUCGCACACAUUUCAACUGCAAAGUGUUCGAGGUUUUAGUACGAGAAAUACUGGCUGGUUGGCUACUGUUGCCUAUAUCAGAUACAGUCUGUGACCCUGUUGUCCUCAACUCUCUGCUGUUGUUGCUGAUGGGUCGCCAGCCACUCACAGACUACCCGCCUGGUGACGGGACCAACCAGGUUGAAUUCUUGGCUCAUUUUGUUACAAAAUCACAGCCAUCCACUAAUGCUUCUGCACUUCGCCCAGACAUGUGCAUUAUCCUGAAGGAUCAAUCUUUGCUCUACGCCUUCAUGCAGUUCCUCAAGAGUCAAGGAGCAGUUUAUAUACUGCAAUUCUGUUUGGAUGUUGAAGAGUUCAACAGACGGAUGUUGACACCAGAAUUGAGCUCAGAAGACUUGGACGUGUUGUACAGAGAUGCUUGGGACCUGUACUCGGUCUACUUCAGCCCGCACUCUCCUGACACACUCAACUUUCCUGACCAGCUGGUCACCCAAAUGAGGAAAGUUUUAUCAAAAGAUGUGACUAAGUUACGCACUUCUCCCCCGCUGUUUCAAGCCUAUGAACAUGCCUAUAAUCUCCUGGACUCUGUUUACUGUCCCCAGUUUCACACCAGUGAUGAUUUUUACUCGUGGCUGUGUGGUCCAAAAGUGUUGUCUAAUUCCAGCAAAUCAGGUUCAAGCUCUCCCUCUUUGCCUGGUUCUCCGGCAAAAUCCAGGGGUGGUCGGAAGACAGCAGACUCGUUGGGAGCUGUGUCACGCCUCAGCAGUAGACUCAACAAGCUGAAAGGGGCGUUGAAGGCCAGUCCUGUAACUGACGGGCAGACCUGUGACGUUGAUACUUCUAGUCUAGAGCUCCAAACUGACACGGACUUUGCAGAAGCUCUGCAGUAUGAGGCAGAAAGAGAUCUGAGUGCAUGGCGGGUGUCUAUACUCAACACGUUUUCUCGGGUCGACCCCACCACUACAAAAGUGACCACCAUGUUCACUAUCAAUAUCCAGCGCAUUGAUGUUACUCAGGGUGAUUCAAGUCAGUGGACUGUGGAACGGAGGCUGACAGACUUUUACUCACUGGAUGCCAAGCUGACAGAGUUUCAUGGAGAGUUUCCAGAUGCUCAACUGCCUUCUCGCAGAACCAUUGCCAAUUGUACGUCACCAAGUGGCCGUCCUGAGAGUGUCCAAAUAUAUGAAGAGUAUCUCCAAAAACUACUGUCAAAGCCGGCUCUUAGAGGAUCAGAUCUGUUGUUUUCAUUUCUUGCGUGCCCUGGUGAAUUUGUAGCAGAGGAUAGUGCACUGGGACGACUGCUGCGGCGAGGAGUUCCCCUUAGUCUGCGGAAAGAGAGGGGUCAGCAUUUGGAGCCAUUCAUCGCUACCUUCAUAGCCUCCACUGAGAGCAGAGUGCGCCAUAGCAAGAUAGAGUACAAAGAUAUGAGCCAAGAGAUGUCACCUAGGCACAUUCGUAAAAUCACUUCCCCUGUAUUUGGUGACAACUUUGGUCUCCACCUACCUCCUGAAUUACCUGAAAAACCUUCAAAAUCCACGCAGACUCCCUUUACUCCAACACACUGCUGCAUUUACUUUGGUGUCAAUGUGCUGCAAUGGUCACAAACAACUAUUAAAUUUGCAAUUGCCCUCCAAAAGUUGUUUGGCAAUACAGUUGAUGCAAUCUUACAAUACUGGUUAAAUGCCAAACUAAAACGAUUAUUGGUUCCUCAGCGUGUUGCACACCUCGUCAAACUCUUGCAGUGGGCAAUAUUUGAGUCACGUGGAAAGUCUGAUCGGGCACAGGUGGCAAGAGCUGUGGAGCUUCAGUUGAGGGAAAAAGGUGAAUGGACUCGACCAAUUUAUCAGGGAAUGUUUGUGGCAGCUCAAGCGCCAUUGCUGAACAAACAGCUAUUUUAUUGCCUACUGGAUGUUUUGGUGGAGGAGCUGUUUCCGGAGAUAAACGAAAAUGAAGACAUGAAGAAGACAGAAUAAGUUUCAGCAAUUUGAAAGAGAAAUUCUUGUUCGAGUGGGUGGAGUGUGCCGAUAAUGACAAGCGACUGAAGUGGGGGGCCGAGAUCCAGAUCUGCGAAUGAUGCUAGAGAUCCAUAACAGAUGCGUUGGUCUGGGGAGCCCACUCUAGCCACCCCGACACACUCUGUCACCUCUGUCAGUUCUGCAACAUUCCAACGCAUUCAAGCUUAUUUUAUUGUGUACUUAGUAAAAUUAUAGAAUGGCUGUGAUAUUUCCUAUAA